UGAGAGUGGAGAGGGACUGUCAAACUGCACGUUCGUUCCCAAGCAUUACGUGAACAAAUAGCGAGUAGCCUGGGAGCAGGUUGUGUAACUUUGCUAAUGUGCGAGCAACUUUAAAAUCCCUUCCUCCUCCACUCCAGGCAGUACCAAGAAAAUGAGAGGCACUCCAUACAGCUGCAACCUUUGGCAAGCCAGCUUUUGAAAACAUUUUUUUUUUGUAAAUAUUCUCACAUUACAUUUUGAAGUAUUACUUUACAUCUGCAUUUUAACAUAUUUGAUGGACUUUUUUUUUUAAAGCAAAUUUUCUGUGGGAAUUGCACAUCUUGUUCUCUUUCGCUUAAAGGAUGAAUUAUCAGACGUCGAUGUAUUUAGUGAAGCUUUUUGGUCUUUAUUUGACUUGCCUGCUUGCAAAUGUAGACGGGCAGCAGCGGCAGCAGCAACAGCAACAGCAGAGGCGGGAAGGCGAGAGCUCGGCUGUUUGGCGCCGGCGGAUUCAAUGGACAAAUAACGGGCGCGUUUAUAGCUUGUCGAGCCUGGGCUCCGAGUACCAGCCGCCUCAAGGCUCCAGCGGCAGCAACAGCCUCUUCCUGCUGAGUGACACCAACAGCACAGCGGGCGGCGGUGGCGGCGGCGGCGGCGGGGCCAGGCGGAGACCCUCUCCCCCAGCUCACUCCCCGCUAACUCCUUCUGGAGCCCAAGCAGCCAGGCACCGGGUAGGCGCAUCGUCCACCCGAGCCCGGCAGCGCCAGCCCGGUGCCAGGCGGACAGAUGCCAGCACAGCACAGAGGCAGCACAGCACAGGUAGCAAUGACCCCAGACCUAGUUCUCAGGGAAACCCGGAGCCAGUCGGAGCCGAUGCCGGCGUGGAGCAGAGGGCGCAGAGCAAUGUCAGAGAGAGCCCCACGGCCCAGAGGAACGCGUCGAGCCGGCGGAUCGGGAAUGAGGACAUCAUGGUCGGGGACGACCCCUACGACCCCUACAAGCGCACGGACGACAACCCCUACUACAAUUACUACGACACGUAUGAGAGACCCAGGGUUCGACCCCGCAGACCCGGCUAUGGUACCCGGUACUUCCAAAAUGGUUUGCCAGAUUUAAUCCCAGAUCCGUACUAUAUUCAAGCUGCAACAUACGUUCAGAAGAUGCACAUGUACAACCUCAGAUGUGCUGCAGAGGAAAAUUGCUUGGCAAGUUCAGCCUACAGUGGGAACGUCAGGGACUAUGAUAUGAGGGUUCUGCUGAGAUUCCCGCAGAGAGUGAAGAACCAAGGCACAGCAGACUUCCUUCCAAGCCGGCCUCGUUACUCAUGGGAAUGGCACAGUUGUCAUCGGCACUACCACAGCAUGGAUGAAUUUAGCCAUUAUGACCUCUUGGAUGCCUCCACGCAUAGAAGAGUAGCUGAAGGCCACAAAGCCAGCUUUUGCCUGGAGGACACCUCUUGUGAUUAUGGAUAUUACAGAAGAUAUGCCUGUACAGCACAUUCACAGGGAUUGAGUCCAGGGUGUUAUGAUACCUACAACGCUGACAUUGAUUGCCAAUGGAUUGAUAUUACUGAUGUUAAGCCUGGAAAUUACAUAUUGAAAGUUGCAGUAAAUCCUAGCUAUUUGGUUCCAGAAUCAGACUAUGGUAAUAAUGUUGUUCGCUGUGAUCUUCGCUAUACAGGCAAUCAUGCAUAUGUCUCAGGCUGUAGGCUUUCACAGUAUUAACUUCACAAAGAGCGAGAUGUGUUAAAGAAUGGAUAUAAUAGGUAACAUUUCCAAGUCAUAAACAAGUUAAACAUCAGUCUCCUUACAUGGCACCAUUUCAACUCAAACAACUGGAACAGGUAUUAUUUGCAGAAGAUGUUGAAAUCUAAGAGAAUAUAUGCUUCCAUCUUAAAACCCGUAACACUGUGUUUGGGGCCCUGGAACCCAUCAGGACUAUUGCAGUGGAAUUAAUUUUGAUAUUUUAACUCAUUCAUAAAAGAUUGAUAUUAUGAAGGCACUUGCUACAGUUUUUAUCCGUUUUUAUACAGUUCUGCAUGAAGGCAUUCUCCUAUGGCAAAGAAAUGCCAAGGGAAUAGUGUGGUUAGACUUUUGUUGUGAUAAGACAUUUUAUUUUUUAAAUUUAUGAAAGACAUGAUUAUUCUAACUCAAUCACCUCGAUAAAGCUACCUUCUGACAUGAAAGACACAGCGUCCUGAUAACCACUGAAAACAUAUCAUGGGAUUAAGCUUGUUAUAUUAAAAUUUGAAUUAAAACUCAAUAUACUUCAUUUACAUUUAGCAACAAUCCAAUUAUAUUCUGCGCAUUGAUCCGAAACGUAAAUCCCUUACUUGUUAUCUGUGGCCAUGCACAUUUGGGUCAGCAAUUGUAAUCACAACUGAAACAUGAGAAUUAUUUCUAUUUGUCACAAUAUAUUUAUGUAAUUAAGAGGUGUGGAAACAUCCAUGCAUUUAAGUUCUUCACCAGACAUCCAAUUAAUACAUAAAUCAAUUUUGCAAUAAUAAAUUAUUUUACACCACUUCAUCCAAAUGCUAAGGAUACACAUGCAUUUUUGUAACUUUGAGCCUGACUAUUCCAUCAUAAUAUCCCUAAUGACCUGGUGAUAUUUAUUCCUGUGGAAUAAAUGUUAAAGACAUUUCAUUCUUAUAUUCUACAUUAAAGAGCAGAAUUAUGAUUCAUGUUCUGAAAUCUAUGGUCAAAUUAUGUAAAUAUAAAUUCAUGAGUUUACAAACUAAACAGCUCACAAUUGAAGUCUCCUAUUGCUGAGUGGUGAUUGAAGUUUGGUUUAAUAUCACCAGUAACUGUGAAAAUAUUUCACUGUAGAACAAAUUCAAUUUAAGAACAACACCUACUUUAAAAUACAAUGGAUGGAAAAUAUUAAUAAUAAUGAAAUUGGAAUCAGAGAAACAUAAGGAACUGCAGAUACUAGAAUCUUGAGUAAAACACAAAGUGAAGGAGUAACUCGGCAGGUCGGGCACCAUCUGGGGAGGUGAAUGGAUAGGCGAUAUUUGGGGUCAGGUCCUUUCUUCAGAAAAUGGAAUGUUAUUAUCAAGAAGAUGUAAAUUUUCAUUUUUACAUUUAGUGCAGAAUUCCUUCAUUGGAAGUAAACAUCCACAAAUAAUUUAAAUGUUUAUUUAACAAAACAAAACAUAACAAUUGAAAGUUAGAAAUAAAGAAAAUAUUUCCAGAAAAAUAUAAAAUUAGAUUAUUAUAAACAUUACCAAAGGCAAAGCCUUAAAUUGAAAAUAAAUAACAGGUUAAAACAAAAUGGUUUCUUCCCUGAAAUUCUAUAAUCUCUAUUAGGAUUGCUCUCAGUUCUUUGUGUACUUAAGAUUUAAAAUAAAAUAUAUUUUUGAAGAAUAAAAUCAAAGUAAUAAAAAGUGCGAAGGUGUGAUGGCAUAAUAACAGGGUAAUUUAUACACAUUGACAAUUCAGACACAUAAACAGUUAGUCCCAUAUCUACUGCAUCCGCUGCUCUAGGUGUCAACUGCUCUAUAUCGGUGAGACCAAGCGCAGGCUUGGUGAUCGCUUCGACCCCAACACCUCUGCUCAGUUCGCAUUAACCAACCUGGUGGCUCAGCACUUCAACUCCCCCUACAUUUCCGAAUCCGACCUUUCUGUCCUGGGCCUCCUCAAUGGCCAGAGUGAGUCCCAUUGCAAAUUGGAGGAGCAGCACCCCAUAUUUUUGCUUGGGUAGUUUACACCCCAGCGAUAUGAACAUUGACUUCUCCAAUUUCAGGUAUUCCUUGCUUUCUCCCCCCCCCCAAUUAGUCGCCUAUUCCUUCGUUUCAUUAAUGCUGCCUCACCCGCUGAGUUUCUCCAGCAUUUUUGUCUAUGUCCCCCAUAUACAAUGAUGGGCAUUUAGAAAUAUUAACAAAUGUUCAUCAUUUAAUAUGAAGGAUUUCUGCAAAAGUGAAUUAUUUACUUUCUCUAGUUUUAGUAUGAACAGAUUCUAGCAUAUGUUAUAGUACAAGGUCAGUACUGCACACAUGGAGAAACAUGGCACAUGAUUUAAAAAAUGUAUGUAUGGCACUGUAAAGAAAGUGACUCAUAAAAGUUGCUAAUUUAACAAAAUUGCCUUUGGAUUUGCCACCUAAAUGAUGGCAAUCCCUCCCUUUAAAUUAUUUGUGUAAAUAAUGUACAGUUGUCAGCUAAGCUAUGGCUUAUAUGACUUGUAUUUGACAAUGGUGAUCUAACAUAUUCAUGUGUUGUAAUAUUGCCAUAAUUGGAGGAAUGUGGUGAUGUUGCUUCAUUUACUGUUCAUCUAGAACUUGAUUUUUUUCAGUAUAUAAUAAAAAGGAAUUGCAGAUGCUGGUUUGAACCAAAGAUAGACACAAAAUGGUGGAGUAACUCAGCAGGUCACGCAGCAUCUCUCAGCUACAAGCUACUCGACCUGAAGCGUCAGCUAUCCGUUUUCUCCAGAGAUGCUGCCUGACCCACUGAGUUACGCUACCAUUUUGUGUCUAUCUUUGAACUCUUCAGUUUUUAUUUUGCUUCAGUUCGGGGAUUUUUUUCUUUUAUUAAUGUUUGUUAAAAUUGGUUAUUUUCAGUUGUUAAAAAAACAACCAAUAAGAUGCAUCAAUUUUCAAUCAAAUCUCUAUAAGCACAAUUAAAUCAAAAUAAUAAGGAAGCAAUAGGCUGAUGUGCUACCUGCCUGCACUGAUUCUGCACGUUAAAAGGGCGACGUUGUUCCUGGACUUUAAAUUAAUUUGCCCUGAUCUCAGAGGAAUACAUGUUUACCAUCUCUCCAGUUGUAAGCCACUGUAAGUAAGUGAACAAUCUGCAUUGUAAGGCCUAUAAAGUGAAACACUAACAGUAUUGAUACAUAAAUAGAUAAAAUCAGUUAAAGAUUCAUGAGUAUCAAAAAAUUACAAACUUCUCAAUUGGAGAUCAACUAUUGGACUUUUGACCCAAUAUAUCUCUGCCAGCACUAUUAUCCAAUUUCUUAUCAGAAAAUGUUCUUGCAUUACCAUUCAGGAAGUGCUUUCAGACAACAAAUUUCUGCAUACAACAUAUUUCCCCUUUGGUUCUUCUAGCAAUUAACUUAAAUUGGGAUUCACAUUCUGACCAGCUUUUCUCCUAGUGAAAAUAGUUUCUCCCCAAUUAUUCUUAAAAACGCUUUAAUGCUGAACAUCCUCAAUAAAUUUUCCCUUCACCUCCUUGUUCCUGAGCUUUUCACACCUGAGAAUUUAACUGAAACAUCUCUCAUCUGGUACUAUUUAUGUUAAUCUCCUCUGCACCUUAUCUAGAGAAUCUCAUUAUUCCUUUUAAAAUGUAGUGCCCAAAAUUGGAAUUUGCAGUUUUCUGCCUUCUGGACUUAAUAUUUCUUUCUUAACUAAAAACAAAGAUUCUACAUUCAGAUAAAUAUUAGGGGGAUUAAGUAAAUGUUACCAUUCCUACUUGACUUACCGAGCAUAUGUUUUUGAAGCAUUGCAAUUAGCAUUGUAAUUAUGAUUUAAAGGGAGUCUGAAUAUCCACCCCAUUACUUAUUUUGAUGCUAUGAGGCAUCUUUUGAGCCUGCUUGAAGGCUGCCGGCUGCCUUGUUCCAUUUGCUUUAGCCAGGAAGAUGGUUUGCAGUUUGUAAAUGAGGCCCAAUUAUUAAAGUAGUUAACGCCCAGUUCACAGAUAGACUGAAAGUUAAAAUUCAUCUUUAUUUUUUUUCGUUCAGGAAUUUAAAUUACUUUGAAACACUUUGCAGUCAGAUAGGAAGAUGAGCAAUUUUCAAAUUCAUCACAGAGAUUUCAGCACAAAGUGGAGAAUUCACACCUGGACAGUUAGAGGAAACAACUGGAGAUUGUGAGAUCUGAACAAGAGUUAUUGUCAUUACGAUAAACUUCAUUUAUUUCACAGCAAACUAAAAUAGUCUAUUCCAAUUAAGCAAUCAUUUUCUUUCAUCAGUAUAAAUAAUGCACAGUGGGGUUGGCAAGUAGCAGCAUCAUAAUUACCUGUUUAAUACCGAAAACUACUCUGAACGCAGAGAAUUUACAUCUUCUUUCUGUUCUUAAUCUGAAUCAGACCGUUAGGCAUAAUUUUGUCUCGGUAAAAUGGUGUCAAAGUUUUAGGACGUAACCUGGCAUUUUAUUUCAAAAUCAUAAUUAAAAAUAUGUAACUUUCCUCCAUUAGUGCGAUGAUAGUGGAAAAAUAUAUCAUCGAAAACACUGCUAAAAAAUUGGGGUAAAAAAGUACAUAAAAACCAAAGUUAUAUUUAUUGGUAUUUAUCAUAAGAAGUGCUAGUAUGAAUGCAAAUUAAAUUAGGUGAGCUAAAAUUUAAUCACAGAUUGCAGGUUCCAACUGAAUAAAAGAACAACAUGCUGCAAUGGGUUUUAUGUUCAAUGAUGUUCUAUAAAUAUUAUGCAUCUUACCAAAAAGAGCGCAAUUUCAAUUUGGAAUUUAGGAAAAUACCUCAAGUUUCAUUUGAAAUAGAAAGGAACGCUAUUGCUGGAAACAUGCUUAGUGAUGAAUAAAAUUGAAAUGCCACUAAGAUUUCAAGCCUGUUUUGGUGCUUCUCACCAUAUGUAUUUGCUUUAUACUGAAUUUCAUAACUUUUUGCUGCAGGUAAUUUUAUUUCUAGAAAUUAUUGUAUCUGUACUUGAAUCUUAUAGUUGCUGUAUAGAAAUAAUUUGUAGAUGGUAGACAUGUAACGGUUAUUGCUAUUUUGUAAUCCAGAGUUAUUGGCCUAUAUCAGAUUGUGAGAUCCUAACUUGAAUAAAAAUGUUUUCAACGUGA